UCCGGAAGUACAGUUAAUUUUUAUUCACAGGGAAAAAAACAGCUGUUGUUGAGAAAGAAAACAUCAAAAAUGCCAGCUCCAAAGAGAGGAUCAUCUCCUCAUGAUUCUCAGCCCAAGAUGAGGAAGUUAGAUGAGGAUGGGGAGGCUCUGCCAUCCAAAACUACACCAGCUACUAAUAAUAAGUCCCUUAAAACAGGAAAUACGCAAGAUAACACAGCAGCCCCACGGACUAAGAAAAAACUGUCGUCUUCAGCAGAAGGGGGGAAUAAACCAGCCAAGUCAUCCAAACAGAGUUCCCCUCCAAAGGAUUCCAGCAAAACCAUUUCUGACCCACCUGUCAAAAAAGCCAAGCUCCUGAAAGCCACAAGUGCCUCCUGCGGAGAAGCUCCCUCACAGAAAGCUAACUCCAAAGCUUCCCUGAAGCGAACAGCCUCCACAGACUCUGAGGACGAGUUGAGUAGUGAUGGUAGUAAGACUGACCUCUUCAGAGAGAGGGGUGACGGCGACAAGGCCCGCUGCAUCAGAAAAUAUUCCAAUCGAGUCAAAGCUAAGCGUAAGGCUGAAGAGUCAACGUCGGACCCACAGGAGACAAGCCAGGGGUCACCAGCUGCACCUGGAGAUCCUGUUCAGAUGGACCACAAUUAUGGCAGGUUUUCAGAUUCAAGUACGGGAGAGGCCGAUCAGGAAGAGAGAAAAGGAUCUGCGCAGUCUGUCGCUGAAGGAGAGAGACCGGAAAUUUCAGUUAAUGCAACACAAGCAGAGUCAAAAGAAGCUUUAGUCUCUGUGAUAGGGAGUUCAAAAGCUAGCAUUGAUUCUGAGUGUGCAGCUAAACACGAGGAAUUUAAAAAUGUAGAAAUUCAAAAGUUCAUAGAUAACGAAGCAUUAGCAUCAUGUAGAGAAAAAUUAGAUUCUCUCACUGCAACAGCUGCAAGGUCGCCUUGCUUCAUAUCUGAGGCAGGGGAAAAUAAAAAGAAGAAUGUUGCCAUCAAAAACCAAGAGGGUGUAGAUACUGAAACACUUGAGACAUCAGUGCAAACAUUACAUUCAGGUACUGAAGAGGCAAAUCCGGGCUGUGAAGGUGAAGUGCAGGUAGAUGAAAGGAGAGUUUGUAGAAAUCAGACAGGUGUGAGCAGUGGAACUGAAACAAAGGAGACCACAGAGUCUGUUUCUGAGGAGAUAAAGCUGGAUAUAACAUAUAACAGUAAGGAGGGAGAGCAUAAAGUGCAGGGAGUGAUUGAAGCAGCCUGUGUCUCUGCAGACCGCAGUGAUGUAGAAGAUAAAAUACUGUCAAAUGAAACAAACUCUGCACCAGAAGAGAUCCUGGUAGGAGGUAGUAAUCCAGAGACUGGGGAAAAUCGAACAAUGACAGAGUCUGUUGGUAAUCCAGAGACUCAAACAGACCUAAGUGUUAAAAUUCAAGUCACUUUCAAAGAGGAGUCAAAAUCUGAGGGUCGAGUGAGCCAUGAAGUGCCAGUAACCAUUACCAACUCCUGUGAGGGUGUGAACAAAAUAGUCAGAAAGACUGAGGAAAAGCUUGAAGAAAGUGAAAGGAAAGGAGUGGAGUUCCUGUCGACGCAGACUGUUGCUGGUCCUCGGUCUAAUGCUGAGCUACAGCUAAACCAGGAGGUGAUGGACAAGAUGACUGACAGCUGUGCUGAAAUACUGACACCCGAUUGUGAGGCUGUUCCUGAGCAAAAGCGAUGCAACAUGCUCUCCGAUUGUGUCACAGUCUCAGAGGGUCAGACAGAUGUGGAGACUAAAAUAACAUCAGAGGAGAAGUCUGACUCAGCACCUGAAGAGGUUAAACAAAACCAUGAGGAGCACAAAGGUGAUGACCACAAUACAGAAAUACCUGUUGACGUCAAAGAAGAUGCAAUGACAAGUAGAGAAAAAGAGAUGAACUCUGACUGUGCCACUGCAACACCAGGGCAGGAGAUUUCUUAUCAAGUGGAAUUACAAAGCCAAAAGAGCCAGGAAGUCAGUGAACGUGCCACAGACAUAUCUACAGAAUUUAAUAAGGAUCAUGUGUUAAAUUCUGUAACAGUGGAAAAUGACUUUGAAGGUACCAGUGGCCCUGAGAGACAGACCACAGCGGCAUCAGAGAUUUCUUAUCCUGCAUCUACAGUGGAAGUACAAAGCCAGGACAUUCUGGGAGACAGUGAACACACCACAGACAUGUCGGUUGAAGCAUAUGAAUGUCCAGUUGCAAAUUGUCAGAGCACAAAAGAUGAAGGCAGCAUUGCUGUAUGCGCUACUGCUGCUGAGAAUCAAAUACAAGUGGACAUGCAGACUACAACAAUAUCAGAGAUAUCUGACGUCACACCUACAGUGGAAAUACAAAGCCAGGAAGUCAGUGAGCCUACCACAGACAUAUCUACUGAACUUCACAUGGACCAUAAGGGUGAAUGUAUGGAAAAUGAAAACAAGGUGGACUUUGAAUCUGUGACUGUACCAGAGAGUCAAAUCGAAAUGGAAAUGCCGACUACGUCAGUGUCAGAGGUUUUAAAUCCAGCUGCUUCAGUGGAAACACAGAAAAGCCAAACAGAAAUGGACGUGCAAACUACAGCAUCAGAGGAGAUAUCUAACACAGCACCCACAGUGGAAAUACAAACUCAGAAAAGUCUAACUGAAGUGACUGUAGAGACUGCAACGACAUCAGUGGAGAUUCCGAACAUGGCACCCACAGUAGAAACAGAGGGUCAGAGGAGCCAAGAAGUCAUUGAACCUGCAGCAGGCAUAUCUGAGAAAGUUCAAGAAGGUCUAAUGAUUCAGACUCCUGAGAGUAAUGGAAAUGACAGCAAGGUUAUCACCGAAUGUGUCAGUGCAACUGAGAGUCAAAGAGAAAUGGAUUUACAGACAACACCAGAGGAGACUUCUGAUCCGGCAACUACAGUAGAAACACAAAACCAGCAAGGUAAGGAGGUCAGUGAAUUCACUACAGACGCUGAAGUACUAAAAGAUUUUAUUGUUGCCGGUACUGAGAGUGGAGAAAACAAGGACGAGGUUAUCGCAGAAUGUGUGGAUGCUACUGAGAAUCAAAUAGAAAUGGAUGCGCAAACACCAGAGGAGAUUUCUGAUCCACCAUCUAUAGUGGAAAUAAAAAGCCAGGGGGCCAGUGCAGUCAAUGCAGAAGUUCAGAAAGGUCUAGUGACUGCAAGUUGUGAGAGUAAGGAAAAUAAAGACAAGGUUGCUGCUGAAUGUGUUGCUGUUCCAGAGGCUCGAAUAAAUAUGGAAACUACUACAAUGCCAGAGGAGAUUUCUUAUACAGCAAAACAGGGGAUGGGGGAAGUUGAUGAACCUGCUACGGCCUUAACUCAUAAACCUCUUCCUAUGGCGGAAAGUAAGGAUAAUGAAAACAUGCAGACAGAGCCCAGUGCUGAGGAGAUCCGAGGGGAUAUGAAUGUAAUAAGUGGAUCAAUAGGAAGAGUAGAUUCUGCUUUAGAAGAGGAAACAGACAGGCAAGAGAUUAAUGAGGUCAAAGAAGAGGCCACAAUCAUUUCCUCUGAUAAGUCUGACAAAACAGUCAGUAAUAUUGAAGGACAAGAAGAAGGAACUGGAAGCAAUGAAGUAAUAGUUUUUGUUUGUGGCCAAACAGAUGACGUUGAUAUUGUAAUUCAGGCAUCAGAAGAACAGAUUAAGACGAUUAAUCAGCCAGAAGUGGAGAUUCAUGAAAACCAGAUAGUGUAUGAACCAAUUAGUAGUCCAGAGAGUAACGAUGAUCGAGAGAUUCCUACAGCAUCAGAGAACCACGAUGGCAUGUCUUUACUGGACAUACAGAAUGCACAGCAGAUGGAAGGAGAUUCAUCCACUAAUGAAGAAAACAGUUGUAACCAGCAACUGGAAAAAGAGGAAACUGUAAAACAAAUCUGCAUCUCAGUCAGCCAAGAAGUUGAAAUGGAAGCCGCCAGAGUGCUGGAGAGUUGUGUCCCUGCACAGUUGGAGCAGGGUAACAUGAACAUGAAUGUGGAUGUGAAGCAAGUUGCAGUGAUCAGCUCCAGCGAUGACAUCAGCACGCCAGAUGGACAGUCAGAAGUUGAAACAGAAAAAAGUGGAACUAAUGGGUAUCCAGACUGCGUCAGUGCCACAGAGUUUGCUGAACAGGUGCAGGAGGGUGCAGGAGUUCAGGAGGUUGCAGAUGUCACAGUGACAACAACUACAGCCACAACUAUAGUGGAAAUACCAGACAGUACAUCUGAGGAGUUUGUGAUCUUAGAACCAGUCCCGCAAAGUGAAAUUCACUUUGAUAUUGUCACUCAAGCGGCGGCUGAAUCGGGUUUGUCAGCCUCACUUACAGAGCAGGUGAAUCACGACGGUGCUUUGAUAGGUGCAGAGGAAAAUCAAAGGAUUUUAAAUGGCUCCCAACAAACCGUCUUCCCUGAGGCAGAAGUACAGCAAUGUCAAACAACUGAUGAGAUCAAAGUGAUAAAUUCAAGUGAGACAUUAGAUCAGGAGACACGGGUUGGGAUGGAAAUCGCACCUGAGGAAGGGGUUGAAGUUAUUCAAAAUUCUGACCACAGCCAGCAACCAUCCUCUGACAUGAUGGAGGUCAAUACCUCAGAAAUUGAGAUGGCAAACUCUCACACUCACGUCACUAAUGAAGACUGUAAUGCACGGGUGAUAGAGAACGUUGAGGCUAAUUUGGACCUACAAGAAGUGCAGAUUCUGGAGGAUAUAGAAAUCGGUCGCGAGAUCGUAGUAGCAGAGGAAGAGAACGAUGAAGAUAGUGACAUUAUGAUAGUAGAAAAACCCCAGGAAACACCUGAGGCAGUCCCUCCUAAAAAGCCUGAGCAAAAAGUUGAUGAGAAAACUAAAAACGACACUUGUGGGACCAGCUUAAAGCAAAACAGCACAGCUGAAAAUACUAAGGAUGAGAAUAAAGAACAGGAGGCAGAAAAACCCAAGAAACAAGAGAUGAACACUCAGGCCAGAACCAAAGCCCGGCUGGCAGCUCUGGCUGAGCAAAAGGCUGCAGCGUCUAAGAGAACAGCAAACAGACAGCAGCUGAACCUCUUAGCUUUGUGUCAGGAGAUUGCAGAGGACAUUGCUACCGACAGCAUGCUGUUGAAGAGGAUAGAAGAGGAAAAACAAGCAGCAGCAGCAGCAGCAGCAGCAGCAGCCAAGAGUGAAGCCAGUAAGAAGGAGAGUCCACCUGUUAACACGCAGGAGGCAGACGCUGUUGAUGUUGCCACUCCUGCUGGGCCAGAAGGGAGCUCUGCUUCGGAGACCCCUGCUGAGGAGGAGUGUACAGCUCAGCCCUCGACAGAUGAUUCAGCUGAGGCUAAGCCUGCUGCAGAGCCUCCAAAAAGGCGUUUCUUUGUCACACAGAUUGCAGUGCCACUGAAAGCCCAUGAGAAGAAGAAACUUACUAGAUAUCAAAGACUAAGACAGGUUGAACUGCAGAGAGAGAAAAUGUCUUGGGCACGUGUGAAGAAACUUAAAUCUGACCAGGCAAAUCAAAUGUUUUCAGACUUAGAUUGGCAAGUACCCAUGACUGCGUCCCCUCUAUUCUCAAUGAGUCCUGUGACCACGGCUCCUCCACCUGCAGGCAGUCCAUCAAAAACCCCUCUCCCGAGUCCCUCCUCAGCGAGCAAGCCUGCAACACCCAAGGCAGAAGCCCCUAAGGUCGAUACUCCUAAAGCUGAACCCAGUAAGAAAGAACCCCCUAAAACGGAAACUUCCAAAACUGAAGCCUCUAAACCGGAACCUACUAAAGAUGAAGCCUCCAAUACCGGGACUCCUAAUGCUGGAACCCGUAGAUCUACAAGGCAAACUAAGGCUCAAGCUUCUAAAGAAACCCCGGCUCCAGGGCCGAAAGUGACCAGAUCAGCAGCCAAGAGGACGCUCCCAGCAGUACCCCCGCCUAUGCCCAACGGGCUUAACACUCAAAAACCGAAGCCUGUUGAGUACAAGCCAUACAGACCCAGGCCCAAGUAUACCUUUGCAGACUUUGAACUAGAUGACGACCCGUUACCAGUAGCUCCAGCAAAGCCUGGCCCUCAAUCAGCACCCACACAGCCAACACGACCUGUCGUUCAGCCAAACCCCGCAGCUCAAUCUAAACCCACAGCUCAGUCAAAACCCACAGUUCCAUCACAUCUUGCCAACCAGGCAAAGCUCAGAGCUCAGACCACACCUGCUGGACAGAUCUCAGGUCAGUCGAAGCCCACUGUUGCAGCUGCAGCUCAGUCAAAGCCUGCUGGUCCCACUGCUUCUCAGUUAAAGCCUGCUGCUUCCACAACACCCCAGUCAAGGGCCACAGCUACUGUCACAGCCUCUUCCAAAGCUGCUCCUUUAGUUAAAGCUCAAUUAAAGUCCCCAGUUUCGACGACGCCUCAGUCAAAAGCUGUCUCAACUCCAAAUCAGUCCAAGCCUGUUGCUACUGCCUCACCUCAGUUGAAGCCCACUGGUAGUGGAAGGACAGCUCAGAUCAAGCCGUCAACAGUGUCUGAGACUGCUGCUUCAACCACAUCUGAGACAAAGCCUGCUGCUGUGAAGGCCGAUGGUUCAGUGCCUCAGAAAACCCCAAAACCACCAUCAUCGGAUGACAGCAAAUUAAAGGAAACAGCUGAUCCCACCUCCUCCCUUCAGUCUGAAGACAGCUCCAAAGUGUCUGAUGACAAACAGAAGUGUGAAGAAAAGCCUGCAGUCACUGAUGCUGAUCCGUCUCCGGUGGAUAAGCCCGUAACAGUCAAGACAGCUGACAAGACGUCGGAAAAACCUGAAGACGGAGAAGAGAAGCCACAGGAUGGCAGGACUCCUCUAUCUGAGGCUUGUCUGCAAAAAGAAGUCAAGAAACUAAAGGAGGCUGACAAAGAUGGCACCCAAACCAUUAUUGAUGCAGGACAGAAGCACUUUGGGGCAGUGGCCUGCAACGUGUGUGGCAUGCUGUACUCUGCUGCCAACCCUGAAGAUGAAUCUCAACAUUUACUCUUCCACAACCAGUUCGUCAGCGCUGUCAAAUAUGUGGGAUGGAAAAAAGAGAGGAUUCUGGGAGAGUAUCCUGACGGCAAGAUCAUUCUUGUCCUGCCAGAUGAUCCCAAAUAUGCUCUGAAGAAGGUGGAGGAGAUCAGGGAGAUGGUGGACAACGACCUCGGCUUCCAGCAGGUGGAGACCAAGUGUCCCUCUCAGACCAAGACCUUCCUCUUCAUCACCAAUGACAAAAAAGUGGGUGGAUGCCUUAUCGCAGAGCACAUACAAGAGGGCUACAGGGUGAUUGAGGAGCCAGUGCCAGAGGGUUCAGAGGGAGAGAAGGUGAUGUUUGAACGCCAGAGAGCUUGGUGCUGCUCCACAACACCGGAGCCAGCCAUCUGUGGCAUCAGCCGCAUCUGGGUGGUCAACAUGAUGAGACGCCAGGGCAUCGCCUCACGUAUGCUCGAAUGCCUCAGGAACAACUUCAUAUACGGUUCAUACCUGAGCAAAGACGAGAUCGCUUUCUCCGACCCCACUCCUGAUGGAAAACUCUUUGCCACACAUUACUUUGGCACUUCUCAGUUUUUGGUUUAUAACUUUGUGAGUGGAACACGCUCGUCCCCGCCAAAAACUGACGCUGUAUGACAGUCUUCGGGAAAGACAACAGUGGAUAUAACUGAGACACUCACUGGCCAACGGGACGCACCAUCACUUAAUGGUCUUGCAGAAUCCGUGUUUGCAUAACGAUUUAAAAAAAACCUGUAAAUUACUCCUUGGAGAGGACACACAUUGGUUUUAAAUCUCAGGAUGAAAACAACAAGGUGUUGUUGAAAAAUGUUAUUAAUUCACCCUUUAAUCCUUCCCUGAAUAGUAUUUUGAAAAAAAAGUAUUUUCUUUAUACAUUUUUAAGUAAACAAUUGGUUUUAUUAGAAGUAUAGAGUUUACAUGCAUGACCUGACAGCAAUAGGAAACAAGGAGCAUUUCAUUGGGUUUUAAAGUCGGCCGGCUGCAUUGAAUAAAAUUAUUUUAGAGUUUUGUCCUCAUUCUGUUUAAGUGUUUUUUACUCACACAGUGUAGUGAACGAUAUGUACACUGAGGGGUUUUACAUGUUCACCUAUUAACAGUUAAAGCGAUGCUGCCGUUUCUCGAGUUGUCUUUUAAGCAGCAUUGGUGACGCUUAAAGGUCACAGUUUCUACUGGGCGGUUGAAUAUUUCCGCAUCGGUCCCCCUGACUUCACUGUCAUGUUUUAUUGUAACAUUUCAAACUGAUCAUCCAAACUAGAGGAUGUAACCGGAGGGACACAUUUCAACGAUGGCGUUGAAGAGGUGUGGGUUAGAACUGUAGCUCGGGCAUUAAUCGCGUGCUCUGAUUUUCUGAGAUCGCCCUGUCUGAAACGUUUAGUUUUCCAAGCUGAGCCAUAAACUGUUCACCGUUUAGCAGGGCAUUGUAGCCUUUACUGUAUGAGUGAUGUCUUUUAAUUUCACAGAGGCUGUCUAUUGCUUUGUUUGUGCCUGAAUGAACUCCGUGUGACUUAAGAUGUUGAUUUGUUUUGUUUUUUAUGGCUUUUUAUUGAGUUAGUGUAGAGUAUCAUCCUCCUAUUCCUUAGUAACAACAAAUUAAAAUGUAUAUCAAAUUAUCAUGUAGAGUUAUGCAUACUAUAACAACAUUUAUAAUGAUGAGCAAGGUCUUAAGGCUCAGGUAUUAAAUGGUAUUUGAGUGAUGGUAAAUGUCAUCCAGGUUCAAACAGGAAUAUUUGCUCAGUGAUCAGCAUGAGGGGUUGAGACGAACCUCUGCCUCUCUCAACACAGAUUUACAGUAUCAUCAUACUACAUCCCUUAUUUUCUCCUUCCCUCUUGGUAAAGCAGUUGCUUUUAGAAAGAUGUGUCGUGUAAGAAAAAUAAAUUUGAUUUAUACGAAGCCGUUAUGUAAAUAUUUAUUUAAAUAAUAAACGAUU